AUGCCAGGCAAAGUCUAUUACCGAGUCAAGUUCCUUUGCGCCCCGACCAGCUCCGCAUACGUCGCGGUCCUCUGCUCCACCGACCCCGCCGGCACCGGGUUCGCCGCGACAUUGUCCCUGGACCGGAACGCCGGCGACGACCAGUCGUCAAACGGGACGCGCCACGCCCUCCAGCUCGUUCGUGCACCACACGGUGUACAGAUACGCCCGGUGCUCGCCCACCACCCGCAGCGCCUUGAACGACGACAUGACGCCGCCGUACACCCCCUGCGGGUCCUGGUACGGCAGCGCCGGCAGCUCAAAGUUGGCGUCGCCCCAGAACUCGACGCCGAUGAGGUCGCCGCUGCAUUCGGACCCUGCCGGGCUGGUCUGCCUGCAGCCUCUGCUCCGUGUCGGCUCGCGCCACUGCGGGAGGAGACUGCGGCCGUCAAACAGCUUUGGAAACUCGGCGGGAUCGACGCCCGCGAGCUCCAGCAGCGUCGGCGCGAUGUCGGUGUGCGUGCUCGGCAGCCGGGACACGACUCCCUCGGGGACCCCCGGCCCGCGGACGACCAAGGGGGUCUGGCCUGCCUCCUUGUACACGAGGGACUUCAUGGCGGUGAUGCGGUGAGUGCCGAUCAUGAAGCCGUUGUCCGAGGUGUAGAUGAUGUACGUGCUGUCCAGGAGGUCCUCCUGCUCCAGCGUCGCGACCACGUCCUUGAUGAUCUCGUCGACGCCCUGGAGGGACCGGAUGCGAGUCCUGUAGAGGACCUCGGUCUCGGCGAGCAUCGAUUCGUUGAGGGGCGCGUUCCGGCCCACCCAGUUGACCUUUUGCUUGGCGUACUCGUCCGGCGGGUUCCAGUUGCCCUUCUUGGGCAGCGCCAGAUCCGGGAAGAGGCCGCUGUGACGAGCCAGCGGCUGAGGCAUGUUGUCCGAGGGGCCGUUGAUCGGCGGCACGGUGUGAGGAGCAGUCGGGGAGAUCCAGUAGAGGAAGGGCUUCGACCCGUCCUUGGCCAGCUGCCUGAUGCGCUCCACGGCCUUGACGCGGACGAUGUCGGUCUGAUGCCAGCCUGGAUAGUUGACGGGGUGCUCGCCGUUCUUGGAAAACACGGCCCUGUUGAAGUCGUACGUAUAAGGGUCGAGCAGCGCGUCGAUUUCUGUCCAGGCCUUGGGGGGAGGGUUGUAGUUGCGCAGAGUGUAGCCGUUGAGGAACUUUCCGAUGUAGUUUGUCGAAUAUCCCGCGUCGUUGAGCCACUUGGGGAGAUAUUCCGAAUCCAUCUCCGAGGCCCGCCACUUGUCGUAGUUGCCGCCGGGAUACCUCACGGCCGUGAUGUUGGUGUUGUGAGCCUGCUGGCCCCUCAAGACCGUUGCGCGGCUGGGGCAGCACUGGGAUUCGGUCACCCAGUGGUUGGUAAAGGUGGUACCAAGCUGGACCAGGAGCUUUUGGAGCGUUGGCAUGUGCUCUGUCGAGUCCAGGUGAAGAUCCUGGUCAUCCGUCAUGAUCAUGAUGAUGUUGGGCUUGGGCUUGGGCUUGGACGACGGCUUGGCCUCUCCCCCAAGGGAGAGUAA